AUUACUAUUUUAGUGUUUUUUCGGAGUAAUUUGUUGCUUAAAUCGUCAAUUAUCGGCAUCAAUUUAAGUUGAUCAAAAUACAAUAGUGCUUCCUAGCGAAAUAAGUGCGAAAAUUAUCAUUAUAAAAAGUGCAGUGCGCGUCCCCCGUACCACGACACCGCCUCGGGCAAGGAAGUCGCUAUCGCUCGCGCGGCUCGCAAUACUAAUCUCUGCAUUUGAUCGUCAAGUUGCGCUUUUGUGGUACAGGGCACCUUCAAAACUACAAUGUCACCCAAGAUCAAAACAAAGAUAUGUUCUGGCUGUGAUGGGGGAAUAUCGGACACUAAAAAUAUGCUGAUAUGUAAAACGGGAGCCUGUCAAAAGGUCUUUUGCAAACUUUGCAUUCCAAUUGAACUAUCUUUGGCAGAAAAAAAUGUCUGGACAUGCCCAAAUUGCAAAGCUACGUCGAAAAGAGGCGGCGAUAACUCCUCGACUCCUGUUCGUACGACGCAGUACGAUUGUAACGUCACAAUGCGUAAACAAAACAAAACGUCUCAACAACUACAGUCUACAACGGGAUCGGGACCAGAGGUGGACAAGUCGACGGCGGAACCCGCAAUGCCCCAGACACCUUCUCUAGGGACUCCCGGUGAUCUGACUGAGCUAACGUCAGAAAUAAAACUUUUACGUGGUGACAUGUCAAACCUCAGGAACCAACUAUCUUCUGCUUUGGACUCCCUGGCUAAGUGCCAAACCCGUAUGGAUGAAAUAAACGGCAAACUCGCAGACACCGAGCGCCGGCUGCAGGCUUUGGAGGACCAGCAAUCGCAAAAUGUACGCAUUAAGGCUACAUUACAGGACCUUGAAAACAAGUACAACAUGCAAGCACAACUUGCUUUAAGAAAUGAAAUAGAAAUCAUCGGUUGCCCAGAAAUCAAAAACGAAAAUCUACAUCACACUACAAUGGCCAUAGCCACCAAGAUUGGUAUCAGUGUAUCGGAACUAGACAUAGACUUUGUUUCAAGAGUGGGACCCAUAAGAAAACAAUCCAGCAACGAGUCUAGCCAAGCACCACGGCCUGUGAUUGUACGUUUUGCCCGCCGGAAGGACCAGAGAGCGGGCGGGCCAGGCAAACUUCAAAUACUGUUGGACUCGAAGUGGAUUCAUCUACACAAGAAAGCGAGACGGUGCAGAGGCCAUCAAGAUCACCAGCUACGACUGUAUCGACCGCGUCUUUGGAUCUCCACAGCAGCCUGAACUUGCUUCUAAAGGCUGCCCUGAUGUGUAAUUGCGCCCUAAUUACAAGAUUAACUGGUAUUUCGUUAAUAUACUUCUUAGGUUUAGUAUAUGUCAGCCAAGAAAUAGUAACAACUCUUUCUAAACUUAGUUGUAUUUAUUUUUGUUGUAUUUUUAAUAUUGGAACUUCAUUAAAGUGUAGUCAGCAUAUCAGAAAUUCUUCACCAUCACACAUACUCACUACAAAUAUAUUACACACAUCAAAAUACACUACUACUUGCCAACCUGUUAAGAAAUAUGAUCCUGGAGCCUCCCUUUCCCUUUGGCUUUGUACUGAUACUCCCUUCAUGCAGCCGCCGCCACCGAGCUA